AAGAGAAUUCUCCCUCCCUCUCUCUUUCAGUCCCUAGCUCUUCUGGCUCCUGUCUUUCUCUCUUCUCUGGCUAUAGCAUCAGCAGGCUGGCUCUCUAGGUGGAUGUAAUAGACUGACAGAGGGAAAGAGGGGGAAAUCACACAAAUGUCAUUGCUUUAAAAGGCGAAGACACAUACCCACAAGAUUGAUUUUUUUUUUUUUUAUUUGAGCCAAGCUCUACAACAUUGAUUCAGCUCCAGUGGGAAGAUUCUGUGAAUUCAUUGGAAGUUCCGUUGAAAGGACACAAGGACAUCUGCACCAUCUCCCAGAUAGAAAGACUCAAUUCACCGACUCAUCAGGUGGUGCUCUCAGCAGGACAUUACAGGACCUGGUCAUUAUGGGGCUAAAAGGCCUGCUCCUAGGCUGUGGGAUUGUGGCGGUGCUGCUCCAGCUCUCCACUGCCGGCCUGGUCAAAAAGAUAAUCCGCCACCGCAGAGAGACCCUGAGAGACCGAUCUGAGAAUAUAACCCUCCCCAACCCUGACCAGCCAGUGGUUUUCAACCAUGUCUACAACAUCAACGUCCCAUCCAGCUCCCUGUGUUCCGUAGACAUGGACAUCCCCAGAGGAUUAGAUGUUAAGCCCAAAGGAAGUCCAGUCCAGGCAGAUAUGCAGAGCACGGAGCACAUGGAACACACUGUGGAUGGGGAGAACCAGAUCGUGUUCACCCAUCGCAUCAACAUCCCUAAGCAGGCGUGCGGCUGUGACAACCACGUGCCGGACAUGAAAGACAUCCUGAACAGGUUGGAGAUGCUGGAAUCUGAGUUGUCCAGCCUCCGAGAGCAGUGUGGCAGCGGAGCCGGUUGCUGUGGAGCGCAGAUUGCAGGUGAGGUGGCCACCAAGCCUUACUGUAAUGGCCGUGGUAACUUCAGCACGGAGACCUGCAGCUGUGUGUGUGAGCUUGGCUGGAAGGGACCCAACUGCACCGAGCCUGAGUGCCCCAACAACUGCCACGACCAGGGCCGCUGCGUGGACGGCAAGUGUGUCUGCUUCGAGGGCUUCGACGGAGACGACUGCACCCUGGAGCUGUGUCCAGUGGACUGCGGGGACAACGGGGAGUGCAUCGACGCCUUGUGUAUCUGCGAGGAAGGCUUCACAGGGAUUGACUGCUCACAGUCGAAAUGCCUGAACAACUGCCUGGGACGUGGCCGCUGCGAAGACGAGGAGUGUGUCUGUGACGAACCGUGGACAGGCGACGACUGCUCCGAGCUCAUCUGCCCCAACGACUGCUACGAUCGCGGCCGCUGUGACAACGGAACCUGCUUCUGUGACGAAGGCUUCACCGGGGAGGACUGCGGAGAAUUGACCUGCCCCGGCAACUGUAACAACCGCGGGGUGUGCGUGAAUGGCCAGUGUGUGUGUCACUCCGGCCACAGUGGUGAGGACUGCUCAAAGCUCACCUGCCCUAAUGACUGCAGUGAGAGAGGCCACUGUUUCAACGGGAAGUGUGUCUGCGAUCCAGGUUUCGAGGGCGUGGACUGUUCCGUCCUCUCCUGCCCAGACAACUGUAGCAACAGAGGCCAGUGUGUCAACAGAGAGUGCAUCUGCAACGUCGGAUUCGAGGGCGAGGACUGCUCGGAAAUCUCCUGUCCCAAUGAGUGUCUAAACUUCGGCCGCUGUUUGAACGGACAGUGUGUGUGCAGCGUGGGCUUCGCCGGGGAGGACUGCAGCCUCAAGACCUGCCCUAAAGACUGCCUGGGACGCGGGGAGUGUGUUGACGGCAAUUGCGUGUGCUUUCCUGGCUUUACCGGCAAAGACUGCAGCGAGCUAACCUGUCCCAACAACUGUUUGAACCGCGGACACUGUGUCGACGGCCAGUGUGUUUGCCACAAGGGCUUUGCCGGGGAGGACUGCAGUGAGAAGACAUGUCCCAACAACUGCCUUGGACGUGGAAAGUGUGUUGACGGCAAUUGUGAGUGCGGCACUGGCUUUACAGGCAAAGACUGCAGCGAGCUAACCUGUCCCAACAACUGUUUGAACCGCGGACAGUGUGUCAACGGCCAGUGUGUUUGCCACAAGGGCUUUGCCGGGGAGGACUGCAGUGAGAAGACUUGUCCCAACAACUGCUUGGAGAGAGGCUACUGUGUGGAUGGAAAAUGCGUGUGCUUUGAAGGAUUCCAAGGUUUGGACUGCUCUGUUAUGACCUGUCCAGGAGAUUGCCAAGACCAGGGGAAAUGUGUGAAAGGGGAGUGUCAGUGUGAUGAAGGCUUUGUUGGAGAAGACUGCUCUGAAGUGUCUGCACCCAAGGAUCUAACUGUCCUAGAAGUCACUCCAGAGACAGUGGACUUGUCCUGGGCUAAUGAGAUGCAGGUGGCAGAGUACCUGAUCACCUAUGUGCCCACUGCACUGGGAGGACUGGAGUUGGACAUACGUGUGCCUGGGGACAAAAUGACUGCCACCAUCACUGAGCUGGAGCCUGGUGUGGAAUACCUGAUUAGUGUCUAUGCUGUACUCAACAACAAAAGGAGUGUUCCUGUCAGUGCCAGAGUGGCAACACAUCUUCCUGAGCCUGAGGGACUCAAAUUCACAUCUGUUAGGGACACCGCAGUAGAGGUUCAGUGGGACCCCCUGGACAUCCCCUUUGAUGGCUGGAACCUCAUCUUCAGAAACACUAAAGAAGAAAACGGGGAGAUUCUGAACUCCCUGGGCAGCCCAGACACCAUGUUUGAACAGUCAGGCCUUGGACCUGGUCAAGAGUAUGAGGUCAAACUGGAGGUGGUCAAAAACAACAGCAGUGGACCUCCAGCACGCAAGAACGUUUUCACAAAGAUCGACUCUCCCAGAGAGGUGGAUGUUCGUGACGUGACAGACACCACUGCCCUGGUGACCUGGUUCCACCCGGUGGCUGUGGUGGAUGCGGUCAGAGUGUUGUAUGGGCCCAGCCACAACCCCUCAGACCGAAACACAGUGGAACUGUCCUCCAGUGAAACCCAGUAUCACCUGGGCAGCCUGAAUCCCGACACAGAGUACCAGGUGUCCUUAAUGGCCAUGAGGGGAGAGAUGACCAGUGUGCCUGUGUUUGAGAACUUCCUAACGGACCUGGAUGCCCCACGUGAGCUGCAGGCGGUAGAAGUGACAGAUGAGAGCAUCACUCUAGAGUGGAAGAACAGCCACGCUAAAGUAGAAAAGUACCGCAUCAAAUACGGACCCCUCUCUGGUGGAGACCACGGGGAGCUGCUUUUCCCUCGCGGAACGCUGGACACCACCCAGGCCAAGAUAAGUGGUCUAAGACCCGGGACAGAGUAUGGCAUGGGGGUGACAGCCGUGAAGAACGAGCGAGAGAGCCUUCCUUCCACCACCAACGCGGUUACAGCGUUGGAUGCUCCUAAGAACCUGGAGGUGGAGUCCUCCACUGAGACCCAGAUGGUUCUGGUGUGGGAGAAGCCCGUGGCUAAGAUCGACCGGUACAGGCUGGAAUAUGUGUCAGCUGACGGUCGAAGGGCUGAGGUCACGCCCUUCUCCAGAGACGUCAAGUACACUCUGAUGAAUCUAACCCCGGGCAUGCAGUACACCGUCACCCUGACCGCUGAGAGGGGACACAGGCAGAGUGGCCCGGCUACAGUCUCGGCAGGAACAGAGGAGGAGAAGCCCGUGCUGGGAAAUCUGACCGUUUCAGAUGUGUCGUGGGACGGCUUCCUGGUGUCCUGGGUCACUGAGGAGGGGGCCUUUGAUGGUUUUGUGGUUGAGGUGACAGAUGCAGAGACAGGGCUAGAUUUGCAGAACCACACCGUGCAAGAUGCAGCCCAGAGCCUGGUCAUCAUAGGACUCUCCCCCGCCACCUGGUACAAUGUCAGCCUGUAUGGGCUGUUCAAGGGGACCCUGCUAGGGCCUAUCUAUGCAGACACCAUCACAGAAGCCGAACCCAUCAUCGAACAUCUCAAGAUCUCUGACAUCACCCCAGACAGCUGUAAACUGGCCUGGUCAGCUGAAGAGGGCCUGUUUGAUAGUUUUGUCAUUAUAAUCAGAGAUAUUAGCAACAACCUUGCUUCUCCGCAAGAGGUGGUCGUGCCCGGCGACAAGAGAACCACAGUGCUUACUCAGCUAUUUGACGACACAGAGUACCAAAUUAACCUCUAUGGGGUCAUUUCUGGACGGCGUUCCGAAUCUGUUUCCGGGGUGGCAAAAACAGACUUGGGCACACCCAAUGGCAUCCGUUUCUCUGACGUCACUGACACCUCUGCCACCGUACACUGGACAAUCCCCAGGGCACGAGUGGACAGCUACCGUGUCACCUAUGUCCCGGCUCAGGGAGGCUCUCCCAAGACUUUGACACUGGCUGGGACAGAGUCUCAGACCGUUCUGCCCAACCUGACCCCUGGAGUGACCUACCAGGUGGCCAUCAUCUCUGUGAAGGGACAGAAGGAGAGUGAGCCAGGCUCUGGCAGUGUCACCACAGCUCUGGAUAAGCCCCGUGGCCUGACAGCAGUCAACAUCACAGACACCAAGGCUCUCAUCCACUGGCAGCCCGCCAUCGCCACAGUAGAUGGAUAUGUGAUCACUUACAGUGCAGACACUGUGGCCCCAGUGAUGGAGAGGGUGUCUGGGAACAUUGUGGAGUUUGACAUGACCUCCUUGACCCCUGCCACCCACUACACCGUCAAGGUCUACGCCGUGAGAGCGGCUGCUAAAAGCGCUGCCACCACAAUAGAGUUCACCACUGACGUGGACGCCCCGCAGGACCUGGCGGCCAGUAACAUCCAGACGGAGAAUGCAGUGUUGACCUGGAAGGCCCCACGUGCCGACAUCACCGGCUACAUCCUCAGCUACCAGUCGUCUGACGGCACAAUCCGGGAAGUUGUCCUGAGCCCUACAGCCACCUCCUACAACCUUGCACAGCUGAGUGCCUCCACUGAGUACUCUGUCAGACUGCAGGCAAUCGCGGGGCCGAAGAGGAGCAGAGUCAUCACCACCGUCUUCAUCACCAUUGGUGUGCUGUACAAACACCCCAAGGACUGCUCCCAGGCCUUGCUGAAUGGAGACACAACCUCCGGUCUCUACACCAUCUACCUGGGUGGAGACGAGGGCCAACCCAUCCAGGUCUACUGCGACAUGGCCACAGAUGGAGGUGGAUGGAUUGUGUUUGUCCGACGCCAAAGCGGUAAACUGGAGUUCUUCCGCAACUGGAGGAACUACACUGCCGGCUUUGGUGACAUGAGUGACGAAUUCUGGCUCGGUCUGUCAAACCUCCAUAAGAUCACAGCUGCAGGGCAGUAUGAACUUCGUGUGGACCUCAGAGACAAGGGAGAGGUAGCCUACGCCCAGUAUGACAAGUUCUCCAUCUCUGAGCCCCGCAGUCGCUACAAGGUCCACGUCGGCGGCUACAGUGGUACCGCAGGUGACUCAAUGACCUACCACCAUGGCCGCCCAUUCUCCACCUACGACCAUGACAAUGACAUUGCCGUCACCAACUGUGCCCUGUCCUACAAGGGUGCCUUCUGGUAUAAGAACUGCCAUCGUGUGAAUCUUAUGGGACGAUAUGGAGAUGACAGUCACAGCAAGGGAGUCAACUGGUUCCACUGGAAAGGCCAUGAGCACUCCAUUGAGUUCGCAGAGAUGAAGAUCAGGCCAUCCAACUUCAGGAACUUUGAGGGAAGGCGGAAACGAUCGUAAACGAGCCAACCAAUCUGCGGUGUUCGAGCCCUCUCCUCAUCGCUCCGUCUCAUCCCCCCUGAACCCACCUUCCAUCCUCCGGCCCUGCUGAUUCCAGGGCUGCACCCCAAAUGGCACCAUGUUCCCUGUUCAGUUCACUGCUCUUGGGCCCUGGUCAAAAGUAGUGCACUGACUAGGGGAUAGGUUAAAAUAUGGGACACAACUCAAACCUCCCUGCAGCUACCAAAGCCACUGCCAAGAGCCCAGCCACUUCGAACUACACCCCUCCUCCUUCUCACUCACGCAAUACAGUCAGAGUCACUACAAAACCCCACAAUCCAACAGCAAAAUGGCUGUGUGAUGUCAGCACAAACUGAUGUGGGGAAAAAAAAUGUACGCCACAAACCAAGCCCACGCAGAUUAUACAUGCACCAAAGAGAGCACAAUCAACACGACCCAAGUAUAAAACAUUUGUUUCUUUCUUGUCACUCUCACGAAUGGUACACCACUAAGAGGAUGGGUGUAUUUAAGUCCGGUCUGAUGCAUUAACAUGUAGAUUAAGGUCCUGUCUCUACAGUAUCCCUCUCCAGACAUGAUAGUUCAUCAGGGUGACAAAGAGGGGGUGUGGCUGUUUACAUACAACUGGUCUUGUUUUAGCCACAGGGCUUCUACACUAAUACUGGUAACUUUUAAACUGGAUUCUAUAAAUUGUAUUCGUUGAAUAACAAGAGCAAAUACAUCUAGAAUUAAUUGAUGUUAUUGAUCUAAAAGCAUCUCAUAAAACCGCACAACACAUUUAAAUGUCAAGUGGAGAGCUCAUAGAGCUCAGAAAGAAAGUCCCAUGUUGUCAUUCAUUCGUCUGUGUGACUCGUACUUUAUCCUCCCCCUCUUAAAAUCCCUUGUUUCCCAAAACCCUGUCAACUGAAAAGAUACGGGCAAAAUAAAUGACAUUCUGAAAAUCUGCUCGAUCACACAUGCAUACAUCCCUGGAUGAUGACCUGUGUUUCCGUUGAUUGCGUGGGUCACGCAGGCACUGUGCAGCUGUCUCUAACACAAGUACCUGACAUACUCCUUUUCACCCCAGCUUUCAUGCAUUAGCUAUCAAAUAGAGAGAAAAAUGCCAUGUCGGGUUUGACUUGUUUUGUUUUCCUUUAUAAAUCCAGGGCAGGACCUACUAUUAAAUAAUAAAAUGAUGGCUGAUUGUUACAUUUUAGUGAAAUGUGAAAUACGUAUAUUGAUGCAACAUGAGUCAGAGAGUGAUAUUGUGAUUUACAAAAAAAUCGGAAUGCUCAAAAAGGCUAAUGGCCGAUUCCAUUUGACGUUGUAAGGUCUGAGCAUUCACUUGAUAAGUUGAGAAACAUCUAUUUGGGGAGACCCAAAUUCACGGCAGACGUUUUGCUUAUCCUCUUCUUUCCUUUCUAUCCCAGCAUUCCAUUCCAGGAAACAAUACCACUGCCCCCCUAAUUCCUCCUCCCUAUGGAAUUCCCAUGUAAAUUAAGUUUCUUUUUCUUUUUUUGGUUUUCAAAUUUUGUUUGUUUAUUGCUGGGUGAACAACACAUGUUUCUCUGUAACCCAUAUUAAAACAAAGUUUGUUUAAAAAUGAA